GCAAUACAAACGGAAUGAUUCACCAACCCCAAGUGGGUUAAUUGACACAAGUUCGAUGAUAGCGAGUUUGAUAAUUCUCGGGUUCGUGUCUGUACCGCUCCGUGCUGUCGCAUGCCUUCUGAAAAACAAACAAAUAACGCCUGAUAUCACGUUGUCGAAGCAGUUCUCCGAUUUGUUCAUCUCCACUCCUUCUUCUAGUGUUCGUGGAUAGUUGAUUCGCUACACCAGUUUCGCGAUAAUGUCGAAAUAUCCAGUGGAAAAUCCACCAACGUACGCAGAGGCGAUGAGUUCGAGCGAUUCGUCGCAGGCAACAGGUAUGUUUCAACAAAUACAUACUGAGACUUAUUCAACACCGGCGGCAAUGCCAACUGUCUACCCAAUUCAAACAGGGCCACCACCGACAAUGCCGAUGCCUAUGCCCGUGCCCGGAGGUGCUUACCCCCAUCCGAUUCCAACUGCUCCGCCAGAGCCACCAAAAAUAUCACCAAGCUACGGCUCAAUUGGCACUCAUACUACCGUGAUAACGACGGAGCCCCAAAUCAUUGUUGUUGGUGGUUGUCCUAGUUGCAGAAUUGGAGUUUUAGAAGAUGAUUACACUUGUUGCGGAAUUUGUUGUGCCAUUUGCUUCUUCCCCAUCGGAAUCCUGUGCUGUUUGGCAAUGAAGCAGAAAAGAUGCACAAACUGUGGCGCUGAAUUUUAGGACCUUACAAAAUAUUCAUUUCUGCUGAUGGAUUAUGGUGCCGACUUCUAUUAUGAUGAAUGUAUACAUAAUUAUUGAUUAUGAUUAGGGGGUAGUCACGAAAAAUUGUCGAUUGUAAACCUACACAUGUUUUAAAAGACAAUGACACUAUCAGAUUUUGUUAGUAUUAUAAGGAGAGGAGUAUAUGCAAUGGAGAGUUAUUUGUUAGCUAUGAACACAUUACGUUUUGUUAGGUAUCUAAGUAUGUGAAUAAUAUGAUAAUUUAGAUUUUUUAUGAAUAUUCCUAUUAUAUAUUGAAAAUAUAGAUAAUAAAGGAAAAGUGCACAUUUAUUUGGAAUUGAAA